AUGGCGCAAUCGCCCUGUCCGACACGCCAAUAUGCCUCGGAAAACUUCAUUGAAAGCUGCGGCGCCAUUGCCCACGACCCCACUCGCCAGAAGAUUUGUCUAAUCCACCUCGCUCAAUCAAAUAUGUGGGUACUACCGAAAGGACGGCGAAACGUCGGAGAAGCGCAUCGAGAGGCCGCACUGCGCGAGGUGUACGAGGAGACUGGGUAUAGAUGUCAUAUCCUGCCUGUGGACAUGGUUGCUAGAACGCCUGUUGUAGGUGAUGCAGCGGAUGCUCCUGAUGUGCCGCACACGUUACACAACUCAGUGGAGCCUUUCAUGGUCACUGUCAGAACUGUGAGAGAGGGUCAGGGUGUCAAGAUUAUUUGGUGGUAUAUUGCGAUAAUGUAUGAAAGUGCUGGUGAAACAAAGGGGCCUGGUGAAGAGGGGGUUGAGACAGGCUUGUUCUCGUAUCCUGAUGCUGAAGAGUUGCUAUUCUAUGAGACAGAUCGAGAAGUGUUGCGCAAGGCCAAGGUACUUGUUGGGAAUCUAGACUGA